AUGUCGUGGGAAUCAAUUGCAGCUACAAAGCGCCAGGCGCUCAAGGAUUCGAUCCCUGCUGAAUGGGUGAUCCCUACUGCCAUCUUUCCCUCUGAAGAUCAGUUGGAUGUGACCAUCUUUCCUCGGGAAUCCGGAUUUUUUACGGAACGCGAACUGGAGAUCACCUCGACUUCUGCUCUGACGAUCCUAUCUCAUCUAUCUUCGGGAUCAUGGAGGUCGGAGGAGGUGACCAAGGCGUUCUGUAAGGCUGCGGCGGUAGCUCAACAAUUGACAAAUUGCUUGUCGGAAAUCUUCUUCGACAAAGCCAUCACGCGGGCUAAAGAGCUCGAUGUCUACUUCCAACAAACCGGCAAGACAAAGGGUCCCUUCCAUGGCCUGCCUAUUUCUCUCAAAGAUAACUUCAACUUUAUUGGUUAUGAUUCAACUAUUGGGUUCACCUCCCUGGUUAACAAACCAGCUACCUACAAUAGCACAAUCGUCGAUCUUCUCCUUGAAACCGGCGCGGUACUCUACUGCAAGACCAAUGUGCCAACCGCCAUGAUGAUAUCAGAGUCUGUGAACAAUCUUUUUGGCCGCACGGUCAACCCGCAGAAUCGGAAUCUCACCACCGGUGGGUCAUCUGGUGGAGAAUCUGCUUUGAUCGCGUUCGGUGGUAGUCGACUUGGAGUCGGCACUGAUAUCGGUGGCUCCCUCCGUAUGCCGGCCGCCUGCACCGGCACCUUCACCAUCCGUGCCUCCGCUGGGCGCUUCCCCAACUUCCGCUCACGCGCCUGCCUGGAAGGCCAGGAAUCCGUGGUUGGCGUCAGCGGUCCUAUAGCCAAGACUCUGGAAGAAAUCGUUCUCUGGUCCACCACCAUUAUCGGCCUACAACCCUGGAUUCGCGACCCGAAAUGCCUCCCCAUCCCCUGGCGGUCCGUGGAGCUGAAGAAGUCCCUCAAGAUUGGUGUCCUCUGGAACGACGGAUUCGUUUCCCCAACACCUCCUGUUGCUCGUGCGCUCAAGGAGACUGUCGAUAAGUUAAAGGCAGCUGGCCAUGAGAUUGUCACCUGGCCGCCAACCGAACACAUGGAGAUGCUUAUCAUACUUGGGCGCUUGUUCCUCGCAGACGGAGGCAAGUCCGUACGGGAUCUCCUCGAGCCAACAGGGGAGCCAUUCCGCCCGGAAAUGAAGCCAUACGAGGACGCAAAGGAAAUAAGCGUGUAUGAUCUAUGGCAGGUUCAUGUUAAGCGCAACGCUCUCUGCAAAUCUUACCUGGAUCGGUGGAAUGAGGCUGGUAUUGAUACUCUUCUAGGCCCUACGACGCCAUACAGCAGCGUUGAGAACGGCAACUUCGCUUACGCCGGAUAUACAUGUGUCUUCAACCUACUCGAUUAUCCGGCCGUUUCAUUCCCCUGUGGUAUAAAUACCGAUAAGGCUAUUGAUGCAGCAUAUACCGACCAUCAGGCACUGAGUGAUAUGGAUGCGAAGAUUCAAAAAGAUUACUCUGCCGAGUCCGUACAUGGCAUGCCGGUUAGUCUGCAACUGGUCGGCCGCAGACUCGAAGAGGAGAAGUUGUUGGCGAUGACGGAUGUCAUGCUGAAGGCUGUUGCUCUGUGA